UUUGACGUUUCGUAACGAGCCACGAGCGAUUGAGCGCGUGAAUCCGUAUCGCGUUUUCGAAAAAAAAAAAGUGCUGUACGGUGUUAUGGCGCGAGAUUUUUUUCGUACGAAUAAAUCAAGUAGCAUAAAAAUGUUUUGACGUUCCGCUCGGCGGAUCCGUGUUAGUGUUGUGAUGAUACCGAUAUCGAUUGUGUUGUUUUGUGUAACAUAGCAAUAGCUGGUGUUUCGGUGGGAUUGUUGUUAUGCUGUUAUCAUGACACAUUGAUGUCGUACGAAGCUGAUAUGUCUAUAAUUAGCGAGCUGCGAUGGCUGCAAGACGACGAGUUAUUUGCUUUAUCCUUACAAAACGAGAUCGAAGCAGCGGAGGCGUGCAAAUGGCUACGAGCUGCCGGCUUCCCUCAGUAUGCGCAGAUGUACGAAGAUCUUCAAUUUCCAAUCGACAUAUCAGGAGUACAAAAGGACCACCCGUUCUUGGAAAAGGAUUCACUUCAAUCACUCUUCAGGCGACUGACGGCUCUCAACAGAUGUGCCAACAUGAAGCUGGAGCAUCACCAUCAUCAGAAGAGAUCCAACGAUUCUGACGAUGAACAAUGUGCUUUGAGCGACAAGUGGCAAUAUGAGAGGAAAUCAAGAAGGUGGUCCAGAGUUGUAGAAAUCACUCCACAAGCACAGAGACGAUUACAGGUAAUAGCAGCUCAUGCAUUAGCAGAGAGGGAAGCAAGAGAAGCAAGGGGUGAAGUGGAAGAUGAUGAAGAUGAAACUUUACCUACAAUUAGGGUGGGACUUGUGGACGCUGAUGGGCACUACACAGAUGUUGAGCCUGAUCUGUUAACUGUAUCAGGACAACAAACACAUAUACAGUUACCAAGUGAUAAAGAAGAUGAAGAAGAAAUGGGUACCAGAUUUAGGCGGACAGGGUCAGAGAGAUUACGCGAUGGAGCGAAAGCUCUAUUACGAAGAGUUGAAUCUUUGAAAACACGGAGAAGAAAACGACAAAACAGAACCGAAGUCAUUGUUUCUUCACCGCAUUUUUUAGAUAUCCAGCAAGAUAAAUAUGCAGAUUUAAAUUUUAUAGAUAUGACUCCAACAUCGCCUACAGCGUUUCCCUUUCCCGAUUUCCACAGUUCACCUAUCCAUGCCCCUGCUAUUCGCACCCAACCCCCAUCCCCAAUGACAGUAAUGCCUCCGUCCCCUAUAGCUCCUCUUGAACAGUCCUUUGUUUUGCAUCCUCCUUUUGGUGAUGAUAGUUCAAGCUAUGCAUCAGAUAAUAGUAUGGGCUCAAGCAAUAAAAGUUCUAAGUCAAAGUUAGGAAGAGCGAAAAGAAUCUUUCAUCGAGGUCUUAAAAGCGACGAUUCAAGUGCAUUGAGUGACUCAGAAUGUCAACCAGCAAGUUGGAGGCAUAAUUAUUAUAAAGAGCAUAAUACUCAUCAUAACACUGAGGUGUAUGUGGAACCGUCGUCACCAGUAGAACUUAAGCCAGAUCCGGAAAUACUUCGAGAGGUACAAAAAUCACCAUCGCAUACCCCACAUCGGCGUCAAGCUAUCAGAACGAGUUCGUUAAACUUGGGAAAAGACGUCCAAAAAUUUCGCGAUAGAAGCCUAAAACGAGAUAAGUCAGCAUCGAGAAGCUCUGAACUAGAUAGCAGUCCUAACUCCGCUGGAUCCAGGUCGCACGAUGGGGAUCAAGACGACGAUGAUGAUAGUCUUGACAUCAAAAGUAAAAAAAAUAACAUUCAGAGAUGGUAUUCGUUUAGGACAAGUGCUCUCAACGGUGGACCAAAAGCAAAUAACACUUUACAGCCAACACCGAAUCAAAAAAAUCCUGAGGCCUAUCCCUCUCGCCCAAUGUCUUCUUUGUCUUGUGGUCAGCUACUUAAUCUAAGAAAACUUGCUUUGCUAAGACUUACAGCGUUUAUGGAAAGUCACUGCCCUUCGCACAAGUCGGGCUGGAAUUGGGAACUACCUAAACUAAUUAGGAAAAUUAAGACACCAGAUUACAAAGAUAAAACAGUUUUUGGUGUGCCAUUAACAAUAUCAUUACAGAGGACAGGACACUCUUUACCAAAACCUAUACAAUGUGCCCUAAACUGGCUUAAACAUAAUGCCUUGGACCAGAUGGGAAUAUUUAGGAAAGCAGGUUCGAAAUCUAGAACAGCUAAACUAAGGGCUGCUGUAGAAUCCGCGGGAGCCGCUAAUGCAGCAUUUGCAAUAGAAAAUAUGAACACUAUAGAUCCAAAUCAGUCUAGCUUAAAUUUUGAAGGCGCUCAAGCUCAUGACGUUGCAGAUAUGGUCAAACAGUAUUUCAGAGAACUACCAGAUGCAUUGCUGACGAAUAAACUUAGCGAAACAUUCAUUGCUAUAUUUCAACAUGUACCGGAACCAUCAAGACAUGAUGUAGUCCAAUGUGCGUUACUGCUACUUCCGGAAGAACAUUUGGAAGCCUUACAAUCUCUACUCAUAUUUUUAUCAGAGGUGGCGGAACAUUCUGCUGUAAAUCAAAUGACAGCUUCUAAUUUGGCAGUCUGCUUCGCUCCGACUUUGUUAAGGUUACAUCAUGUUCCACCGCAGACCGGUAGUACUAAGGAGGGAAACUCGAACAGGAUGAUAAUAGAGAGCGGGGAGGACCAGCGCCAGCGCGAGUUGCGCGCCGCGCAGGCGUGCCUGCUGCUGCUCAUCACGCAGCACCGCGCGCUGUUCCUCGCGCCCGCCGACAUGCUCGCGCGCUGCAAGUUCAACUACUUCGAGGAGAGCGUGCCGGUUGCGUUAGAAGAAUUAGGCGCGGAUUUCAACCAAGACUGGAAAGGCUUCCAACAAGCCUGCAUCAAAGCUUUACUUAAAGAGGCCAAAGAGAAAGUCUGUGGCCGGUCGGGAAAGAGGACCCGAGGUUGGAUGUCAGUAUCAGGUGCGGCUCCUCACGUGGAGUUGUGUUAUAAGAAAGUGGGUGACGGUCACCGGUUAAGACUAUGGCGCGCUACUACUGAUAUUGAGGCACCGCCGCAGGAGGUUAUGCAGAGAAUACUCCGAGAGCGACAUAUAUGGGAUGAUUCCCUAGUGAUGUGGCGGGUAGCAGAAAAGUUGGGAACAAACGCUGAAAUAUUUCAUUACAUUACUGCUUCGAGCUUUAAUUUGACGCCGAGGGAUUAUUGUGUGUUGAGGUCAUGGCAGCAGGGUGGUGGAGGCGGUGGGGGCGGCUGGUGCGCGGUGGUGGAGACAUCCGUCGCGCACGGCGGCCCGCCGGCAACUGGCGCGCGUGGCGUGGUGCUCGCGUCGCGCUACCUCGCGCAGCCCGCCGGAAAAGGCCGAAGCCGCCUCGUGCACCUCGCGCGCGUAGACACCAUGGGACGAACACCAGAAUGGUACAACAAAUGCUACGGCCACAUCUGCGCGUUGUACUUAGCUAAAAUUCGAGCGUCGUUCAAGCACAAUACGGAAGGUCCUGAAUCGAACGUAUGA